CCUCUGGCACAGGGUGAGGCAGGACACUCCUCAAGAACAGACCCUCCCUGGAAAAGCUUGUCAGCAAUGUGUGGGCUAGUGAGUGCAGAGGGGAGGGGGAGGCACUAAGACCCUGUGGCCUCUGGAUAAGGGGGCAGAGGAGGAGGCACAGGAAAAGCUGUGGAAGUUGCAGUUGACUUUUUGCCUCCUUGAUUUAUCUAGGAAGGGAGAUGAGAGAGGGGCAGGGGGCUGAGAUCAGAGGCACCUCGGCUAAUCCUUACUGCUUACAUCCAAGCAGCCCUUUGCCUAAUAACACUGCACAGAUCAAGCUCAUAGGGAAGCUAUUAGCGCAAAGGGGAAAUGCUCCCUUGCAAGAUCUGGAGGAUCAGAUAAUCAGCUCCUAAGAUACCGGGGCAGCUCCACAGGCCACUACAGGGCUCAGUGCAGAGACAGGUCAGGUCUGCGCUUUUGAGCCAAGGCAACUUCUGGGCAUGCAACACUGAGCAGCGACACUGAGCAGCCACACUGAGCAGCGACACUCAGCAGCGACAUGGAGCGAAUCAAAGUUUUGGAUCAACUGCUGCCAGAGCUAAAUGUUCUCCUGAGGCUUCUGGAUCAUGAGUUCCUGAGUGCUACGACACGAGAAAAGCAAAGUGCAGUGUGCAGCAUCCUGCGCCAACUUCAGCCGGCACCUGGAGAUGAGUUGGACUUCCAGUAUAUGAACACUGCUGCUUAUCACAAUGGCACCAGCUUUGUGGAAUCUCUGUUUGAGGAGUUUGAUUGUGACUUGCAUGACUUACACGACAUGCAGGAUGAAUACAGGGACAGCAGUGAGAACUUGUCCUGCCAGUUACCUCCACCUCCUUCUGCACCACCACCGCCUCUGCCCACCACACCACCACCAGAGGAUUAUUAUGAGGAGGCAGUACCACUAGGGCCUGGCAAAUUCACAGAAUACAUCACUUCCCGAAAUAGUUCCAGUCCUCCAAACUCCAUAGAAGAUGGAUAUUAUGAGGAAGCAGAUAACAAUUACCCCAUGACUCGGAUUAAUGGGGAACAGAAAAACUCCUAUAAUGAGUCUGAUGGUCUGAGCAGUUCAUAUGAGUCGUAUGAUGAGGAAGAUGAAGAGGGGAAGGCUCAGCGCCUCAUGCUCCAGUGGCCUUCACAGGAAGCUUCUCUCCACCUUGUUCGGGAUAGCAGGAUUUGCGCUUUCCUCCUUCGCAAGAAGCGAUUUGGCCAGUGGGCAAAACAGUUGACACUUAUUAAAGAUAACAAGCUGCUGUGUUACAAGAGCUCAAAGGACCGUCAGCCUCACCUGGAGAUCCCUUUGGCCCUGUGUAAUGUGGCCUAUGUGCCCAAGGAUGGGAGGCGCAAGAAACAUGAGCUGCGUUUCUCCCUUCCCAAUGGGGAAAUGUUGGUUUUGGCUGUGCAGAGUCGGGAACAGGCCGAGGAAUGGCUGAGGGUAAUAAAGGAAGUUAUCAGUCCAAGCACAGGAAGUUCUCCAGCCUCUCCAGCCCUCAGGCACAGACUAGAUCUGGACAAGAGGCUGUCCCAUGAUAAGACUUCUGACUCAGACAGUGCAGCAAAUGGAGAGAACAGCUCUCUUAGUAGCGGGAAGGAGAACCGUGACACAGGGAAAUGUCGGAAGGGGGGUUUGGCAGAAUUGAAAGGGUCCAUGAGCCGAGCUGCGGGUAAGAAGAUCACUAGGAUUAUCAGCUUCUCUAAAAAGAAGCAAUCAACAGAAGAACAUCACACUUCAUCUACUGAGGAAGAGGUUCCCUGCUGUGGCUAUCUCAGUGUGCUAGUAAACCAGUGCUGGAAGGAACGCUGGUGUUGCUUAAAGGGCCACACACUCUAUUUUCACAAGGACCGCAAUGACCUGCGCACACACAUUAAUGCCAUUGCGCUGCGAGGCUGUGAGGUGUCACCAGGGUUUGGACCUCUGCACCCUUUUGCCUUCCGUAUCCUACGUCAGAGUCAGGAGGUUACUGCUCUAGAGGCCAGUUGUUCAGAAGAAAUGGGACGUUGGCUGGGGCUCCUUUUGGCUCAGACCGGCUCUAAAACCAAACCAGAGGCCUUGCACUAUGAUUAUGUGGAUGUGGAAACGAUAGCCAACAUUGCAACUGCUGUACGUCACUCCUUCCUGUGGGCAACAUCAUCACACAGCAGCACCAGUGACUUACGAUUGUAUGACGAUGUUUCAUAUGAGAAGGUGGAAGACCCCAAGCGGGCCCCUGGAGUUGCACAGGUAAAGCGUCACGCCUCCUCCUGCAGCGAGAAAUCCAGACGGGUAGAGUCUGAGGUUAAAGUGAAACGCCAUGCAUCCAAUGCCAACCAGUACAAAUAUGGCAAAACAAGGGCUGAAGAAGAUGCUCGUAAAUUCAUUGUUGAAAAAGAGAAGCUUGAAAAGCAAAAAGAAGCCAUUCGGAGCAAGCUGAUUGCCAUGAAAAGGGAGAGGAGGGAGCUGAAGGAGAUGCUGAAGAACUGCUCAGGAAAGCAGCAGAAGGAGAUGGAGGAAAGACUGGCUAUGCUGGAGGAACAGUGCAAGAAUAAUGAGAAAGUUCGUGUAGACUUGGAAAUACAACUCACAGAGGUGAAGGAAAACCUAAAGAAAUCUCUAGCUGGAGGGCCCACGCUUGGCUUGGCAGUAACUGGCAAGUCUGAGAACCCACCUCAAAAAAGCCAGCAGCCAAGAAGCCCACCUGAUCGCCUUCUGCCUGUUAACAGUGCGGCUGAGAUGAGGCGCAGAUCUCCUUCCAUCGCGGCAUCCAGCAAGGGCAAGGUGCUACAGAAGGCCAAGGAGUGGGAGAAGAAGAAACCCUAGAGAAAUGUUCCUUUAUGUGGUGAUAAGAAAAGGCACAAAAUGAAUUCUGGAAUAUCAGAGAUGGAGGACACUGUAAUAAUGAAGCCCGGUCUCAAACUUCUCUUCAGUCACUGACCAUACAGAGAAAGCAUCGGACAUUAGGGCGAAAAACUUCAUAAUGUGGAACACUGGAAGCCAAAUGAGCUAUUUAGGAACUACCAAACUUUCUGUCUUAUAAAUUGCAUGUGCAAGUUAAUACCCUAAGGAAAUGGGGACACUUUGUUAUGAAUGCCACAAUGAGGAGUUAGCCACUGGGGAUUCUGACAGGAAAACUUACGGGAUUCACCAUUUUUGCCUUAGAAUGGAACUAAACUUUAAAUAUAAUAAUGACUUAUCAGGUUUAUGGACAGGGAAGUGCAAUUAGGAUGUAGUUUUCUAGAUGGAAGAAAUUAGAAACAAGACAAAUUUAAUGAAAUAGAGGCCCUGGGGUAUGGAUCCCAGGAUGAAUCUGACAUAGAGUGGCUUGCAAGUACUUAAUUAGUGAGGGCGCUAAGAAAAAUAAUGGGAAUUAUUACAGUUUGAGAGUUUGGGCCUAUUGAAAGUGAUUGGACCGCUUUGCUGCCGCUAGGUUUCCAAGCAGUUUUAAACAACAAAAUAUAACCUAUUUAUACACAUGGUUAAUAUUUCAUUUUACAAGGUCUGCUUUCGGUUUAAGAAAAAGUAAAUGGAAAUGAAAUCUUGCGUACAAAUAGAGUAUAUUUAUCUAUUAUCCUCUUUUGGAAUACCUGUACGCAUAUACUGUGUACAUUAUAGUGGCAGCCAUAUGAGGAAAACCACAAGCCUAUGGACACAAGCAGGCCCAGACUGGGAUUUAAAAUAGGCCCUGGUACACAGAGACCCAAAUAGCCCCCAGCAGCCCACUAAAUAGUGACUGUCUAUGGCAUCUUACAGCAGCCCCUCUGGCAUUGCCAGAACAGAAGAUAACAGUUCUCUGUCGCCUGCCUACAGAUGUUGUCAGUUGGGAUGGGAAAAUGCUGGUGGAUCAGAAGAUACUAGCCUGUAUGUUGGUAACAAAUAGGGAUGCACUAAACCCAUAAUUUUUUAUUUUGGGUGAAUAUCGAAUCCUCCAGAAAAGAAUCUAAGCCCCGUGUUGCAUAGACAGUUGUCUUAAUGUUUAAAAGUCGCAUGACUGUCUGUAAGGUUUUGGUUUGGCUAAGCAAUUAGGAUAUGUCCAAAAAGAAAUCUUGCAUAAAAGCACUGGGUUUAGCUGAAGAUCAAAACAAAUUUUGAUUUUGUGCAUCUCUUCUAACAAGAUCAUGAAUCCAUAGGCUUGUAUCAAGUACCAAAGAAAGAAAGAAAGCAGCCGUAAGUGUGAGUGCGAUGAGGAAUGGUAGAAUAGAAAUGGUGCUCCUAUCUAAGUCAUACAGUUGGCUCACUCAGGACUAUUGAAGGAUGUCUAGGACAGACUGUGACUAUAAAGCCUGUAGUCCUCUAAUAAAGGAUUCUCAUAACCCAUUAACAUCGAUAUGGAACUCCUAGCAACUGUGUGAAAAGUAAUCUGGGGCCAUGUCAGCUUUACACUUCUAAUUGUGAACUUUAUGUACAGUGAGUUCUAUGCACUUUAAGCAUCUCCAAUCAUUUUUUUCCAAUAAAAUAAAGAUGUACAGAGA